AGCGGCUGCGCCGACAACAAUGCUCGCGGCUUCGUUGCCCAUGAUUGCGUAUAAUGCAUAGAACCAGUGUAGGCGCGUCGACGCCCAAAAAGGAACGGAGCCGCCGCGGGUGUCUCACGUGUCGGCACAGAAAGGUCAAAUGCGAUGAGACGCGAGACGAAUGCGGCAAUUGUCGCAGACUGAACUUCGUUUGCACUUGGGAAGACGGGCGCGCUACCUCUCGCUCCCGAAGCACUAGGGCUUGCGCAAGAUGCCGACAGAAGAAACUCCGUUGCCUAGUAUCCGAGCAGAGCCAUUUCUGCCAUCAAUGCGAGAAGGCCGGCGAGCCAUGCAACUUCCCCCAACGCUGCAACGGUCAUGCGGGCGCAUCGUCGAGGUCGGCGCGCCUCCCCGAUAAUCAUGUUCAAUCCAGUCUCCCUCAGGGACACUAUCGUGACAGCCUCAUCGACGCAUACUUUGCGUGCCCUCAUUAUUUCUGCUUCUUGACCUUCAUUCAUCGGCCUUCCUUCACAAAGAUGCUGCAGAACGACCUGAUCCCGCGGCCCCUGCUGCUCAUCGUCCUCGCCACCGGUCUCCGACAAGUCGAUCCCAGCUCGCCCUUUCCUAGCGCAUGGGCAGACGAAUGUCGCAAGUCAGUCGUGCAAGAUAUCUUCGCCCGCAUCUCGACCAUGAGCCUCCAGACUUUACUGCUACUUCAGCAAUUCGAAUGGCACCGAGGAUCGCAUCUCAGCGCUUGGUUUCUCGCUGCCUUGGCUACGCGACUCGCCCAUGCCUUGCAGCUAAAUCUCGAUCCGGAGGACAGGAGAGGAGACGAUUCUGUGUCGUUGCCCAUCUCUGUGAUAGAGACGCGGCGACGGCUGAUUUGGAGUUGCUUCGCUAUGGAAUCCGUACCGGACGUGCACCAUGGCGGCAGUCGGCCGCUUCAUGCGGCCAUUGAUCCUCAAGCCAUCCUGACGAAAUUACCCGGGGACGAAUAUUCAUAUGAGAGAGGCCUUUCAGUUCGCUCCGAGUACUUUUCGGAGGCCCUCGACGCCCAGCCCCCAAUGCCCAGCCUGUCUGCGUAUCUAAUUAGGAUGGCAGACAUUCGGCUACAAAUCAUACAACUUGCGAAAGCAGUCAAAGUCUUCGGUUUGAAAAUCCAGGAUUCUCGCCUACCCUGGGAAGACAACUCGAGUUUUUCGCACCUGCAGCAAAAGCUCGAAGUCUUCUCUUCAUGCAUUUCGACAACGCUUCCCUUUAUGCAGGAGGACCCCAGCCCACCCAUUCCGAAUCCAAAUAUUAGCUUCUUUACCCUUCAUAUCAUGUUCCACGCCGCCUACACGGAUUUAUUCAGGAUUGGCACACAUCUGCCAAGACCAGAAGUCCCCUCCAUGACCCCGCCUCCUGAGUUCCUCAGUAGGUGUAGGGCAGGCGCCAUCGAGCAUGCUCUGACGCUGGUAUCACUCAUCUCGCAGGCUUUCGAUACAAUAACAACAGAAGUCGAUCCAUUCGUCUCUAUAUGCAGCUGUCUUGCUAUCCGGACGCUGGUCGUCGAACGAUGGGACGGAGAGAUUGGACUUGUUGGGUUGCAGGAUCCCAGCUUACAGAGCAGCCUGGAAAAGGUUGUGCAGUGUGCGAAGAGGACUGCCCUUUGGUCUGUCCCAAUACGAAAAUUGCUUUUCGCGGUAGCGGAGCUGACGGCGAAACAUGGGUAUUCACUCGAUGUCGACGAUCUCAAAAGUUGUAUGCCUGCUCCACUCACGGAGCCUGCUUCGCGAGCCGAGUCUCCUGCCCUUGAUGUUUAUGGAACUCUCGGGUCUAUCCAAAAGGCGAGAGCAGAACAUGAUCUGGAAUCAGCGCACGAUCCGAACGAAGCACCAAUUCCGAUCCCCUCGCUACUCACUAUAGACAAGAAAAUCCACUCGAACACUGUAGGAACCACUCAAGCUUCGUUGGACGGGCUUGGUGGGAUGCUACAGGAUCGAUACUCGCUCAGUCCAGAGGCCCUGCAGAUAGCGGCUAAUUGGGCAGAUGGCACUUAUGAUCUUCAAAUGAGCCAAAAUCCUCUGGACUGGAAUUUCAUGGAAACUGGAUGGAGCUUUGAUAUGGACGACACGGUAUUCGGCCAUUCACAGGACGGGCCAGGAAACGAGUCUCCGUUCUGCUAACUACCGUCAUCCGCGCAAAACCUAGGGAAAACGCGAGUACAGUGCGCUUCUACAGCUUUGAAAGCGGCGUCUCAUUCUUUCUGACCUUCAUCCAAGCAAGUGUCUGCGUGAUGGCGUCACCUCCGACAAUGCCCUCUUCGGCAUUACCAUCCCACUCUUCGCCCACAUAUCGGAUCGGCGUGCCCCAGACCACGCCUGUUUCCUUACGAUAUUGUUCCCAAAUGCCAAGC